CUUGUUUUCUCAGGAAGAGGGCCUGGUGGCACACGUGUCUGUGCCCUAUUCUAAGACCUCGGCGUGGCGCGCUUUCAGUCUAGAGGAAAUCCAGCGCCCUGCUAUGGAGUCAACUAGGACAGAGUAAAACUACUACCCCACAGCAUCUCCAAGGCUGUCAUCUUUACGGAGCACACUGCCACAGCUGGCUCCAUAAAAGUACAGCUCAUCAGCUCCUGCUUUGAUGUGACAUGUGACUCCCCAGAAUACACCUUGCUUCUGUAGACCAGCUCCAGCAGGAUCCCAUGGUAGCUGGGAUGUUAGGGCUCAGAUCUACUGCCAGGAAAUUGCAUUUUGAUGGACGGUGGCACCAUUGGUUUCCAGGACUUAGACCAGCUACCCAGGGAGGAAAAGUCGGAAGACCAAGACCUCCAGGGCCUCAAGGACAAACCCCUGAAGUUGAAGAAGUUGAAGAAGGAUAAGAAGGAAGACAAAGAGGGCAAACAUGAGUCUCUCCAGCCGUCUGCCCACCACUCUGCUGAGCCCGCCGAGGCUGGCAAGGCCGAGACCUCUGAGGGGGCGGGCUCAGCCCCGGCUGUUCCAGAGGCCUCAGCCUCCCCGAAACAGCGGCGCUCCAUCAUUCGUGACCGGGGACCCAUGUACGAUGACCCCACCCUGCCUGAAGGUUGGACACGGAAGUUGAAGCAAAGGAAAUCUGGCCGCUCGGCUGGGAAGUAUGAUGUGUAUUUGAUCAACCCCCAGGGCAAAGCCUUCCGCUCUAAAGUGGAGCUGAUUGCCUACUUCGAAAAGGUAGGCGACACCUCCCUGGACCCUAAUGAUUUUGACUUCACGGUCACAGGGAGAGGGAGUCCUUCCCGGCGAGAGCAGAAACCACCUAAGAAGCCCAAAUCUCCCAAAGCCCCAGGGACUGGCCGAGGCCGGGGACGCCCCAAAGGGAGCGGCAGUGCAAGACCCAAGGCAACAGUGGCCGAGGGUGUGCAGGUGAAGAGGGUCAUGGAGAAGAGCCCAGGCAAGCUCCUGGUCAAGAUGCCUUUCCAAGCCACAGGGGGCGGCAAGGCGGAGGGCGGCGGGGCCACCACCUCCACCCAGGUCAUGGUCAUCAAGCGUCCUGGCAGGAAGCGGAAAGCCGAGGCUGACCCUCAGGCCAUUCCUAAGAAGCGGGGCCGGAAACCUGGCAGCGCAGUGGCAGCCGCCGCAGCUGAAGCCAAGAAGAAGGCGGUGAAGGAGUCUUCCAUCCGCUCUGUGCAAGAGACCGUGCUCCCCAUCAAGAAGCGCAAGACCCGGGAGACAGUCAGCAUCGAGGUCAAGGAAGUGGUGAAGCCCCUGCUGGUGUCACCCGUGGGCGAGAAGAGCGGCAAAGGACUGAAGCCCUGCAAAAGCCCUGGACGGAAAAGCAAGGAAAGCAGCCCCAAGGGGCGCAGCAGCAGCACCUCCUCACCCCCCAAGAAGGAGCACCACCACCACCACCACCACUCGGAGCCUCCCAAGGCCCCCGCGCCACUGCUGCCACCCCUGCCCCCGCCUGAGCCCAAAAGCUCCCAGGACCCUCAAAGUUCCCCAGAGCCUCAGGACUGCCGCGAGGAGAAGAUGGUGCCUCGAGGAGGCUCCCUGGAGAGCGAUGGCUGCCCCAAGGAACCAGCUAAGACUCAGCCCGUGGUGGCUCCUGCUGCCACCGCUGCUGAAAAGUACAAACACCGAGGGGAGGGCGAGCGGAAAGACAUUGUUUCGUCCUCCCUGCCGAGGCCGAGCAGAGAGGAGCCCGUGGACAGCCGGACGCCCGUGACAGAGAGAGUCAGCUGACUGUCUGCGUCGCGGGUGACAGAGCAAACCAAGCCAAGCAAAGGCAGCUGGUGUCUCUUCUCCUUCCGGGUAGGGCUCUGACAAAGCUUCCCGAUUCACUGAAAUAAAAAAGGGGGGGUUUUCUUUCAGUAAACUUAGAGUUUCGUGGCUUCGGGGUGGGAGUAGUUGGAGCAUUGGGGUGUUUUUCUUACCGACAAGCACAGUCAGGUUGAAGACCUAACCAGGGCCAGAAGUCGCUUUGCACUUUUCUAAACUUGGCUCCUUCCGCGAGGCUUGCUGCAGAUACUACUGACCAGACAAGCUGCGCCUAUACCUGCCCCCCACCCCCACCCCUUUGUACCCCGUCUGGGCCAAGAGUGGCACCCUACUGGUGGGCGUUGGGAGCAGAGAGCAGUUUAGAAACACACACACACACACACACACACACACACAGUUUUCCGUGCCAUUGGUGCCCGGCACCCACCCUGCCCACACUUCCCCAGCCCCUCACAGUUCCCCCUCUAAACUCACCCAUGGCGUAUCACUUCCCAGAACAGGAGCCUAGCCCCUGCCCCCUCCAGUCCUGGCAUGGCCUGGCAGGAGUUGUCUUGUGCCUGGCCUGAGCCAGGGAUCCGUAGCACUGUCCACUCUCGGGAGACACUUUCCAGAGGGAGGCACUAGAGAGAGCAGCCAGGGAGGCAGCCACCUGAAGCCAAGCCCAGAGGUAACCAGGCCCAGGGCAGUGAGCAGGUCGGCUUCCUGGGCCCAGGCCAUCUUCCACAUGGUGGACUAUGCGGGGCAGGACAUCACUUCUUCCGGUUAUUCCCGAGUUCUACUCCUUUAGGGACAGCUAGAAUGACUUGCACUAUCUCAAAGAGGGUGCCACCUGAAGCGACGGUGUUGAGAUUUCCUGUGUCCGGAUGUAGCGGCGCUUGUUUUAAAGUGGGACUGGCACAUGGGGUUCCCACGAAGCUUCGAAACUCUAAGUGUUUGCUGCCAUUUUGUAAGGACUUCCUGAUUGUGUUUUCUUCUUCCUCCCUUCCUUGGACCUUUUUGAUUUCUCCCUUCCCCUCCCUCCUCCUGUCUCCUCCUUUCUGGCCCCUUAGCUAACGCUUGUCAGCCCCGUAGAUGCCUCCCUGCCCACCUGCCCCUUUGCUUCUUGCUGCAGCCCCAGCCCCACUCGGCUUGGCUCUGCUCUCAAGCCCUAGCCCCGCAGGGCCUCUCCACCGAGAACCAGAGAGCAACACGUGCUCCUUCUCCCAGGUAGCCCUUCCUUCCUGCCUUCCGGGUAAGAGAGAAACCCGACGCUCGUCCAGCCCUGAAUAGCGAGCCUCGAACACUUCCACUCCGGAGAAGGGGGGCAGACGUGUUUGCCACCAGCCCAGCCGCGGCUUUUGGCCAACUCAACCUAGCUCCUCCCCAUGUACCCCAGCCGGGACCGAGCGCGCCCUGUCCCAGCCCAGCCCAUGCUCCUGUGCCACCAUGUGGGGCCAGGCUUGCAGCAGGCUUGGGCCAGGCAGCGGUUUUUCUUUGGGUUCCUGUCUCCCAGAGCUCUGUCCGGAAGUCCUUGUCUAGCUGCAGAUCUUCAUCAUAUUGGUAUACCCUUUUCUGUGUUUACAGAGAUCUCUCUCCUAUCUAAAUCUGUCCAACUGAGAAGUACCUUAUCAAAGUAGCAAAACGAGACAGCAGUCUUAUGCUUCCAGAAACACCCAUAAGCACGUCACCUGUGAGCUGCUGCAGUGACCUGUCAAAUGUGUGUUGUCUUGUGUGUUUCCGUUCUUGUCCCAGCGGAGUGAGACAUCACAGAGCACAUAGCCGUCCUUGCCAGUUGUAGUGUCAGGAGUCAUAGUGACAGUUCCAAUCUGUAGCGUAAGAUAAAGCAGUGUUUGUCUCUUCCUGAGUGGUUAGAAGCAGGGAGUCUACCCCGUUCGGUUUGUAGUCCUAGCUGGCCACCUCGGCCUGUUUGUACCCCUUUUCCUAAUGCUCUAACACCCACCCCACCCCAUUCCCAGCUCAGCUGCCCGUGCUCGCUUUGGGACCUUCCCACUCCUCCCAGGAAGGGAUAAAAGGUUCUCUCGAGCUCCAGAGGACACCUGCCAUGUGUAUGCGGUGUCCGGCCAGUUGGUAAUGGCGAAACUCUGGGAUGGUAUAGUUUUGAGGCAGUGCAGUGUGGCUGUUGGGAGGCCAGCUCCCCGCACACCCAACUGCAUCCUCUCGAGCCUGUGGCCAGGGCUAAGCAGUCCUCGUGCCCUUUAUGCUCCAUCCCAAGUUUCCUCUUCUGCCCCAAGUGAAAGGAGGCAGCAGGAGGUGGUUGCCUGCAUCAGCUGCCAGUGACCCUGUGGCUACCCUGCCUGGUGGACAGAUGGAAACAUCCUUAACUGCUAUGUCCUUUGAGCACUGGGGGGUUGGGGAGCCCCUCAUUGUCUUUGUGAAGAAGACAGCUUUUACAGGCACAGUCACCUCUGCCCUUGGUCCAGGUAUUGUUUCCCUGACCCCAAUCUGCCCCCAGCCAGGGGACUUGUCAUCAGUGGAAUCAUCAGCCUUGAGUGGUGCCAGCCAGGCACAAGUACAGGAGCACCCCAAAAUGCCUCAUCUGUCUGUCAUUGCUCUGGAGGGUACCUGAGAGGAGGGUUGUUGCCAGAAACCAACUGUCCUGUUGGAUUGGGCUACAGAUGAGGGCUGAAGGUCUGCACUGAGCCUCCCCUUCAGCCCCUUCCCCCCCUCCAGUGGGCAGCCGGGGCUGAGCAUCCACAGGCACCCCCUCGUCCCCACUCCCCACGCUUGCUGUGCGCGCUCCACUGUGUGUUCUGCUCUUAGCUCCAUGUCUGAUUGUUAGAAAUCACUAGGCUACGCCUCCUCCAGGGUCUAUAAUUACACAUGAACACUGAAACCAGUUCUCAAGAAUUAGAAGGAGAACCUAGAAAACAGUUGACAGAAAAUGACAUUUUGAUGUUCUGAAUGAAUAAGAGCAAACUUCUGCAAAGAUGCUGAUGUAAAACUACUUGGAGCUGGGCCGAAAGCCACCUGUGCUGUGUGUCCCCGAGGAGCUGGCCUCUGACUUGCCCUUGGGAGUUGGGUACAGAGGUUUGCAUAGGAGCCCAGCUCUUGGUGUGGCCAUGGAGUGUCCCUGAUGACUCAGCAGGCCACCUGCUGGCCCCGCCCUCCUUCCUGCUCCUUCUCUUGAUGGAGCCCAUACCAGACACUGGCCUCUGCCUGCUGUUUGUCCUGGCCCCGGGGACUCCUGGUCACCUCUGUCCCCUGGGCCAGUCUUCCCAGCCUCUCACUCCUCAGCGUCUUAGGGUCCAGAGUGCUGGGAAGCCAGCCCUUGCCUUGCACCUGCCCGCCACCUGGAGCCACUUGCUCCACUUGUGGGGUGGGGGUGGGGGUGGGGGUGGAGCCAGGGACAGGGACGGAGGCAGGACAGGUGCAAGGAGAGCAGCCCCUACCAGUCCAGUCUGCUCCCUGGCCCCGGGUCCAGUGACGCCCCGGCCUGGGGCUGGCUUUGUUUUGCUUUUAGUUCUGCCUUUAGUUCUUCUGUCCCUUUUAUUUAAUGCACCAACUAGACACAAGAAGCAGUGGACUUUUUCUAUAUAUAUCUGUAUAUUGCACAAUUAUAAACUCAUUUUGCUUGUGGCGCCACACACAAAAGACCUGUUAAACUGAUAGCUGUUGCUUAAUUACAAUAUUUCUGAUAACCAUAGCAUAGGUCACAGGAAAAUAAAAAACAAAAAACAAAAAAACCGACAACUCUGUCUGCUGGUCACUUCUCCUGCUCGUGUCGCCAGGGCAGGCGCCUGUGCUUGUGAGAUGUGUCCCAGGUGCCCUGGACCUGGGGCCACCAGAGUGUAGCCCGCUCUGCGGGGGGCGGGGGGCGCCGGAGCCGAUGGGAAGGUGGGGUGGUGGUGGAGUGGGGCCAAGCGCCCCGGGGGCUGGAGGGGAGAUGGGAAAACCAGGCGCCAGGGCAAGUGUGCGAAGACUCCAGAACCACCGUGUCUGCCCCUCAAUGAGCAAUAUCUGCUACAGAGUUGAGCUGUAACCGUUCUUUUUGAUCUUUUUUUAUCUUAAAAAUAAAACACCAAAAAAGGGAGAAAAAAAAAAACAAACACAAAAAUAAAUCCAGAAACUUGUUCUUCCAAAGCAGAGAGCAGUUAGAAGCACCAGGGCCCAAAGCUCCUGCCCCUGUUCCCCCUGCACUCCCCUCUUCCCGCUGCUUCUAAGACCUGAGGUCACUAGUGGAGCAGCUCCAGCCGUGGGGUGCAAUGGGGUGGAUAGGGGGCUACACAGUGCCCUCAUGGCUGGGGUGCAGUAUUAGCAGGUGGAGAGCAGGUCCCUUGUGUCCCUGCUCUCAAGUUUUCCCAUAAGUCUGUAGCCCCAGCGGCCAGAGAGGACCCCCUCAAGUGUUUGUGGGUGCAAAUGGGUCACAGGACUGGAAGGCCAUGUACUCCCUGGCCUCCAAGGCUGCCCCUUCAGUUUGAUUGACUUCCUGCUGCAGUCAUUGACAGCCGCACCAGAGUCCGUAGUUGAUGAAUUAUGACCAAAUAUGACCAGGACUGUUAAUACCCGAGGGCCAAGCCCGUCCUGUCCUCGGCCGGCCAUGUAACCGGCCACUAGAACGCGGCUGUGUGCCCUGCCCCGCCCUACCCUGCCCUUGCCUUGUCUUUCUGGGGGGUUCUGUUUGGGUUUGGUUUGGAUUUGAGUUUCCCUUUUGUGUUCCGAACAUGAGACACUCUUAACUGUGGUGUUGAGGCUUCUGUUUGUGUCGUCGUGGUGGGUGAGAGGAACUGCGCUAAGUAAAUCUCUUCUGUGUUUGAACUGAAGUCUGUAUUGUAACCUUGUUUUAAAGUAAUUGUCCCAGAGACAAAGGCUUCUGGACCCUAGCCGUUGACCAACAAUUAGCCUUUGGUGGGAGGGGGCAGGCCGGAGAGGGGACCCUUGCCUAGUGGCACAUGGCUGUGAUCAUGCAAACCCCAGUACAUUCUUCAGGCUUCACCCGUACCCCACCCCCUUCUAAGAUCAUUAAUGUCACAUCAUUUAUUUUUUUAAAAUUUUUUAGGAAGGCUGAUCCUGUGAGGGAAACCGGGAGGGAAGGGAAGGGAGGGCAGGUGCCUGGAGUUGAGUGCUCCCCACCCAAAGCCGCUCUUGACCUGAUCAUCCCCCUCGGACGUGCUCAUGGAAAACACAUGCCUGCCCCCUCGGUGGUCACUGGUAUACAUCAGCCUGUCCACAGGUAACAGGGGCUUGGAUAAGGUCUCUGACUAGCGUAGUCAGAGAAGCUAGUCGAGGUUCCUUCAGGACUCCUGUGAUGCCCCUGUGCUCCUUGAGUGUCCGGCAGUCUCCCCUCCCUAAAGGCCAAGAGCAGAGUUGGCUGUGGUAGGCACUGGUGGGGCGGUGGGGCAGGAAGAGUGGAGAAUGUAGAAGAAUCAGGGUGCAGUCACACUCCCUGUGACAUGCACUACCAGCCCCAAAGCCCAGCUAGGGUUGGGAGACACAGGUGGGGGCACCCAAGGCAGACUCAGCCAGAGCAAGCCUCAAAGGCCUCGAUUGCCCUUUGGUUUUUGUGUUUUGGGACAAUUACUUUAGAAAAUAAGUAGAUCGUUUUAAAAACAAAAAAUAUUGAUUGCUUUUUUGUAGUGUUAAAAACAAAAAGGUUCUUUGUGUAUAGCCAAAUGACUGAAAGCACUGAUAUAUUUAAAAACAAAAGGCAAUUUAUUAAGGAAAUUUGUACCAUUUCAGUAAACCUGUCUGAAUGUACCUGUAUACGUUUAAAAACGCCCCCACGGAAUCCCUGUAACCUAUUUAUUAUAUAAAGAGUUUGCCUUAUAAAUUUACAUAAAAAUGUCCGUUUGUGUCUUUUGUUGUAAAACCCAGUGAUUUUUCAUAAGGUUCUUUGACUAUUUGAAAAGAUGGGCAGCACGCAGUUUUAUUUUAUUUUUGUAAGGUUUUUAAUACAUGUGAAGCAAAGAAUACGCAGCAUGCCUUUCUAAGUGAUGCGUUCGCACCUUUUGUUGGGAAGUACUGUAUUCCUGUGCUGUUAGCAUUCUCGAUAAAUCUCUCUGUGAAAGUGA